AACAAUAUAGGAUUUUCUUUACUUGCUUUAGUAGGAUAAUCUUGUUUGAAAACAAAUUUGCUAAAUUUUAACUUUUUGCCAUUGUUUACAUCCGGACAAGCGCCUGUUGAAGAAGAUCACUGCAGACGCUCACGUGUAAAUUUUGCCGGCAGUUGACGAUCACGUAAUCAAAUACUCAUAAUUAAGAACCCUAAAUGGCCCCAAAAAGAAAAAAGGCUAACCUUGGGACCAGUCCAGUGGUGCGGUCAGCAGAAAAGGUUAAAAAGAAAUACAGAAAGCAUGUAUUACCCAGAAAAGACACGAAAAUCAGAACAAGGCGUGCUUUAUAUGAUGUUCAAGUCAAAAAGAAGCCAGAUGGUGAUGUUGGUGCUGGCUCCUCCAAGACAGAUGAUAGUGGUUCUAUAUAUAAAAUGACUUUAAAGAACUCUGUCAUAAAGGGUUACCAUGCCUUUGAGAUUAGACCCCCUAUGAUUUUACCUCGUUGUCUGCUUAAUGGGGAGCCAGAGUACACAAAUAUAAAGGAUGUAUGCGCCUGUUUGGUUUGGAUCCCAGAGUUGGAUUUCUUUGCACCUGAUAUACACGGAAUGAUAACUGAUGAUAAAAGAUGAUGAUAACUGACAGAUGUGGCUGGUUUGCCAAUUGGUCGUGUGCCUAGAUCUUUAGCACCCUAUUUCAGAAACAUUAUUGACAAUGGAGGUAAAGUGUUGUCUGAGGUCACUGAUGCACCUGUACCUAGUUAUCCCCCAUGGCCAGCCCAACACGAAGAAGGGGGUGGAGUCGU